AUGGCUUCUCCGCCCAAGCCUUGGGAGCGCGCUGGAGCUGGUGCUGGCGCUGCAGCCUCGAUACCCGCACCAUCAGCCCCGACAACGACGCCGCUCACAUCGACCGCCUCUACUUCCACAUCGGCACCUCCCGUCCCCGCUCUGCCGUCCUCCCUCUCGUCGACAGUCAACCAAAACGCCUCUGCAUAUAGCCGUCCGAUGGGUACCAUGGGCGGCAUGGGCGCCUCACCCUACGGAGGAGGCUACGGCACGGGCUACGGAAGCGCCUACUCGUCACCCUACUCCAGUCCUUACUCUCGCUUUGGCGGCGGCAUGGGCAGCUAUGGAGGCGGCAUGUACGGCAGCAUGGGCGGCAUGGGUGGCAUGGGUGGCAUGGGUAUGGGCGGUUAUGGAGGAGGCAUGUACGGUGGUGGCAUGUACGGCGGCGCCGGCGGCAUGGGCAUGAACGAUCCCAACAGCCUGACCAACCGCUUCAACAACGGCACCGCCGCCACCUUCCAGAUGCUCGAAGGCAUCGUCGGAGCCUUUGGUGGUUUCGCGCAGAUGCUUGAGAGCACCUACAUGGCUACACAUUCGAGCUUCUUUGCCAUGGUUUCCGUCGCCGAACAAUUUGGAAACCUCCGCGACACUCUCGGGUCCAUUCUCGGCAUCUUCACCCUCAUGCGCUGGAUCCGCACACUCAUUGCCAAGAUCACUGGUCGUCCCCCGCCUGCCGAUGCCACAGCCCUCACGCCUGCCGCAUUUGCUCGAUUUGAAGGCCGCCCAGGUCCCGACGGCGCUCCUGGCAGCGCUCCCCGCGCCAGCAAGAAGCCUCUGCUCUUCUUCCUCCUCGCCGCCUUUGGCCUUCCGUACCUCAUGUCCAAGGUGAUUCGCUCCGUCGCCGCCAACGCCGAGGAGGAGGAGCGCCGCAUGCAGGAGCAGGCUCUGGCCGCUCAGCAGCCCAUCGACCCCUCCAAGCUCGAGUUCUGCCGCCUCCUCUUUGACUUUGUGCCUCAGAACAACAACGGCAUGGAGCUCGACGCCAAGAAGGGCGACCUCGUCGCGGUUCUCACCAAGAACGACCCGGCCGGCCAGCCCAGCGAGUGGUGGCAGUGCCGCUCGCGCGACGGCCGCCAGGGCUACGUCCCGUCCACCUACCUCGAGGUCCUCAAGCGUCCCGGCCAGGACGUCAAGCAGAUCAAGGCGGUCGCCGACAGCACCCGCACAAACUCAAUGACCAGCGCCUCGGAAGAGGGUAAGAAGGACUACGUCUCUGCCGAUGGCAUGCAAAGGGGUCACUUUUACUCUUAA